AUGAAAAGUGAUACUGGACAAGAAUCUUGUAAUUCGAAAAGAUUCUGUCGUUUAACGACAGUGCUAAUUCUUCUGAUAAUUUCGGCCUGGAAAACUGCUGCAGACAGUGUUGAUGAUAUAGAAAUUUUUAAUGAAAAAGAAAUCAGGUCAAGAAUUUUGAUGAUUAAUGGUAAUAUCUAUGUUUAUGCUGGAUUUGGUAAAAAUAUAACCUUUCAAACAAGUCUUACUGGUUCAAUAAAUUUUGGCAAUACAAAUAUUCGGCAGAUACCACGUGUGGUUAGUUGA